ACGCUGUCUCGAUUCUUGACGGCGAGCCCGACUGCGGAUAUUUGCGGAUAUUUCACAUCGUGGGCAACGCAGACUCUCUUUGGGUGCGCGAAGGAAAACAAGUGCCAGUUUUACCCCAGCUGUGCGCAGGUCAAGGAAGGCUGAGGUCCAGAAUAUCAACAUACCACACCUUACUCCACCUUACUCCCCAACGAUCUGUCAUACGGCUAUCAUUUCCUCUUGUUCAGCCUGACCCAGCCAGCGCGCCAAAAUACCCAGCAGCCGUCGAGGAAUUGCGCGUCUGUCCCACAUCAGGCGGACAACGGCAGGAAGGGCGGGAAGCAAGGGAUUGGGGGAACAUCCCUUUUGCAUCCGACUGCCGACUGCCCCCAACCCAACCCGUCCGAUCGAUGAGAUCCAUCGAUCGGUGAGUGCCCGAGUCAUCAUGUAUGCUAUUGGGAAUCUCAUCGAUCGAUCGGUGAGUGCCCGAGUCAUCAUGUAUGCUAUUGGGAAUCUCAUCUAUCUCGAUCGUGGCUUCUCAAACAAAGGAUCGGACGACUGCCUGGCAAUGAAAUGGCACGUCUGCGCCAGUGCCGCGGAGCUGGGAGGAAUGAAAUGUACGCAUACCUGUUUGGAGGUUUGAGAUGCAAACCGAAGCCACUGUUCGAGAUGAGAUGAGAUGAGUCUCGCGAUGGGUUGGGCGUCCCGUCCCCGUCCCCGUCCCCGUCCCUGCCCCCGCCGUACAGUGAAGACAAAACCGGGUUGAAACGUUGAACCACAGAUCACAGAUAUCCCACUGUAGAUGAUACAGACAAUUACUGUAUAAAGUAUAAAGUGGACAACUGCCGGCCACCAGUAGCCAUAUUGACUGACGAUCGAUCUGACCAAGAAGCGGCCAACUGGCUGGUAACAUCUCGGACCAACCCGACAGACAUCGGCCAGCCGCAACGUCAACACACCAUCCGGAUCCAAAACACUCCGAAUCCAAAACACUGCAUAUCCCGCCGCCUAUCAGUGUGCGUACCAUGCAUCAUCCCGUCACUUCUCUCUUUUCUCUCCUCUAUUGUCUCUUCUCUCUUCUCAUAUCACAACAUACCCAGCGCCGUGGCAACACCCCACCAUCACCGUCUUUGAGAAUAAAGCGUUUCCCUUUUCAUCUUCUUCCCGCCUUCUCGUCGCCUGCGGUCCGGCGAUCUCUCGGCCAACUCGCUGAAAUGAGAUGUGUGGUAUGCAUGUUGGCAUAUUCCACAUUUGAGAUCUGAUCGUAUGUCUAGCCGCGCGCAUUAGACCCCGAGUGUGAGUUCCUCUUAGUUACUGUCUCACUGUACGGAGUAUAUCUUACCCUCGAUUUUCCCUUGUUUCGUUUCUCUCGUUUCAUUCCGUCAUCUUCGCACAUCCUCCCUAAAAGUCUCAUACACACAUCUAUCUAUUGAUCUGUCUGCAAAACAUCCGCGUCACGCUCCCGAGUCACAACAUUCUCUGCCUUAGUCCUGUCCGUUCGGCCUAGAAUGACCGAUAUGUCCCCGUGCCGGUUGUGCGCAGCACCCUUCCCGCCCGUGAUUGUUCGCAUAGUCGGCGCACCCACCCUCCCAGCCCUCCCCGAGUUUGAGGAUAAAUGGCCCAACUUCCUCGAUUCUCCACUUUCGCCUCUACCUCACCCUUCUCGCUCUGCUAAGAAACAAUAUUACCGCCUAUUUCCACACCAGAGAGCCAUGCCUCCUACUCCGCCGUCGUCGCCGCGGCGCCUCAAGCCUGUGAGCAGCGAUAUCACAGCGUAUGAUCUACAUGCUCUGUCGUCCAUCUCGCCAAUGGAGCAACUCUUUCUUGUCACCCCGUCAAGCGACACAUCAAGUCUGAGCGACCCAUCAAUCCACUCUCCCUCAGACGAAGACGACGACUACGAUACCUCGGGAUUCCCGUCGUGGCACAACUCCUACGACUUCCUCGCUACCCCCAGUGCAUCGCCUACCGAGCUAUCACCUCUAUACAGGUGCAACUCUCCCUCCAAAUUCGCAUUCGACAUCUCCUCCAUGCCCCCCCCACCCAUCCCUCCCCGCUCACCAUCGCUCAACUCCGGCGACACCACCAAGUCCUCCCGCCACCCUGCCCCACGUCCCCAGGCUGGUCCACCUCUUCACUUCGCUGCACCGCGCCGUGCGCCGCCUCUUGUGGCACCGGCGUUUAGGCACCGUGCAACGCCUCCGCUGCCGCCGCUAUCACGCCCUGGGUUUGCACCCCCAGCGACUAUACCUCCGCUUCACCCAUCCUCUUAUUCUACAAAUACGAGUCCCUUGAGCCUCUCGCUUCCUCCUAGCCCCCUCGCCCGUGCCGUGCCACUGCCCACAUCGCCAGUCUUGGCUGAGAAGAGUGUGUUUGACCAUGAGGAGGAGGGCGUCAAGGGGUUGAAGGGUGUCAAGGCGCGGUUUCAUAAACAUGGUGCGGCAUCGGGGGCACAAGGUGGGAGGAGGAAGAGCGCGGGGGAGGUGGUGAAGGGUAUAUUUGGUGGGUGGUCUGAGAAGGGUGGGAGGGGUGGAAAGGGUACAUGA